AAUAAUAUUAAUUUGUAUUUCGUAUGUGUGAAAGAGCAUUAUUAUUUAACUAUUAACAAGAAUUUACAUAAUUACUAAUAGGUUCAUUGUAAAGUUAAAUAAAAACAUGUUUGAAUAGGAAAGUUAAAUGAAGAUAUUAUUAGAGACACAUAUUGGUAUUCUGUUAUUUUAGGCGCAACAUACGGAAACAGCAAAAUAAAACUAUUAUGUACUUAGAUUUUCGCCCCAAUAAUGUCUCAGGAUAUUUUACCCCACGGAACAAGUAAAUCGAAUAAAAAAUGGGACAGGGACACGGUCGUGCCUUUUAUUUUGUUACCACUUCUGCUAUUGAUAGCAACAAUAUCUCUAACCGUCACCAUAAUUGUUAUGAUUUUUAUUGGAAUGGGCGCUUUAUAUGUUCAAUCACGUCCUAGACAGAAAAAUCGGUCCCCCUUCUUCUAUUCAUGGACAUUAUCAUCAGGAAUUUGUAUGUUUCUUGUAUAUGAGCUAGGGGUUUUAUCAUUACUACAAAUAACUCAAUUAGAAAACUUUAUAUUUUUAUUACUGUUGGCUGGAACGUGCUAUUGUUUCAAUAGGAUGAAAGCAAUUGCUGAUCAUGAAUUAUAUUUGGGUACAAAAGGUAAAGAAUACAGUCCUGUAUUAACUUCUGAUUCAUAUUACUGCCAAGUCUGUCAAUUGGAAGUAAAUGAACGAUACUUUCACUCUAUUUGGUGGGAUUGUUGUGUUUUUAGACCAAAUUAUAUUUAUUUUGUAUAUGGGCAAUUAUUUGCAUUGGCAACACUUGCUUUUGGUGCUAACUUGGGACUCACAACUAUAUGUCAUCCCAUGGUAUUGUAUGGCUCUCUGAUGAUACCUGAAGAUUGCACUGAUGCUUAUUUUGAAUUUAACUAUGCAUUAUGCUUUGUAACAUGUGUUUAUGCAAUUGGGUACUUAUCAAUAAUUAUCUUAGUUAUUCUCCAACAAGUGUUUAUCUACCUUCCGAAGUAUUUUGCUCCACAGUGGAGAAGGCUGGUUGAAGUUUGAAUUACAGUUUUGGAGAAAUUAUCAAGUUUAUACAAUAUUUCUUAUAAUAGCUCACAGAAGUGGUAUAGUAAUUUAUUUAUAAUUCUAUAUCAGCGUAUCAUACUAUACUACAGUAGUAUGACUACUAUCGAUUUCUCGAUAGCCUAGUUAUUCUACUAAAUGCUGUAAUUUUGCAGAUCAAUGCUUAAAAAAUUGCUUGAUUUACAUUGAAAAUUGAAUGUAUUUAUGUGAGCAGUAUUUUUUAAAUAUCUUUUAUCAAAUGUACUUGUAAACGCAGCUGGGUAUAGUGAGCUGAUACAUUUCAGUUACACUCGGCUAAUUUAUUUCAAGACGUAUACCUUAUAUAAAAACGUACAAUCAUGUAAGGGGGUGUUAAAAACUUAUAUAGUAACAGUGUUAAAUUAAAAUAGUUAUUGAUAUUCAGACUCCGAGGGUUGAUGACCUACAUCAGUCUUUGGUUAUGGCCGGUCUUAACUCAUAUUAUAGAUCAGUGAUGUAACAUUGAGUCAUUGCAAAAUACAUUUACUGCAAGCGGUAGAUUCAUCACAAGUACGAAAAUGCACAGAAAUAAUGAAACAAUCUUGUUACUAAUUAUGGCUCUUUAAUAGCUGUUUAAAUUUAAUUACUGAUAAUACCUGUUUUAUAGACAUGUUACUGAGUAAAAUUAUCUUACACCAUUAGUUAUACGUAUCAAGUAUUAUAGUAAAGUAUUUUACAUAUACCAGACUCAGUACUUUUAAGAUCAUAGAAGUUUCAAAUGUUUAAACAUUUUUGACACCAUAGACUAGAUGUGACUAUGACGUAUUGAAAUAUUUAAAGUUAUGUCAGAGCUUGUUGGCGGGAAUUGUACUUUCGUAUAUUUGUUUUUUUAAGAUACAUAAUCUUGAUGUAAACAUAAGAAAAUCAAAUAUUUUAUAAAAUAAAAAUAAUUUAUUACUAU